AUGGUGUCACCUACUUAUUAUGCUUUGUCCACUUUAACGACCACUCAUCUUUUAUUCCUUCAAGUAACAGCAGAACAUAAAGAGAGUUCGUCCAACUCAAAGCGAAAAUGUUUCCAAUGCAAUAUGCCAUAUGAAUGCAAUUUGGGCUUAUGUUACGGUGAUUACUGCAUUAAAUCACUUGCAAGCGAUCAAUAUGUUAGCAAAGGAUGCGAAAAUAAAACAUUUAGAUUGGUAAACGGUGAGUCAUACACACAGGAAAAUUCGGAAUCCAUAGAGAAGCCAUACUGUACAACGGAAUACAUGUUCGGAAUUCAAAACAUUAUUUGCUACUGUAACGAUGUUGAUUUUUGCAAUAGGAGCCAAAAAAUCGAGGCCAGACUUAUUAUGAUAUCACUGUUUCUCUUUCUGAUGAUAUUUUACUUUAUUUUUUGA